AUGGUGAUCCGAAGUUCUCUGCGACAUCUGUUGUGUAAUCAUUGAUUUCUUGCAGACAUCAGAUUUGUGGUUAUAUUAUUUUCCCGAAACGCGUUGUAGUAAAGAAAACAAAGGAGCGUUCGACGUUUAAAACUCGUGCUUUGUAUAAGCUGUUUAUUAUAAUUCAUUUUCAUCGAAUUUCUUCUAGUUCUACGAGGAUACCUCACGCUCACAAAAGACAUGCCUCUGGGGCAUAUAUCUUAUUCAAGGGAGGACUUUUUAGCCCUCAAAUGUCAAGCACAUGAGGCCCUUCUUCCGCAGCAUAUGAGCAAUGCCGAGUAUCUGAAGUAAGUCGAUCAUUCAUAUGUCAUUGCUGACUUUAGUGCUGACGGACAGUUUGUGCCGGACAAGUAUGUGGAAGGAAUGUGGAGGACUGAGAAGGGAUCAGGAAAAAAGAAGACGGAUAUCCCUGACGCUUUUUCUAAUGGGUCAUCCCUUUCCCCACAGCGCCGAGGUUUCUCCAGUGGAUGUAAAGAGGUUUCUAGUAAUGGUAAGAAGAGUUAAAACUUCCUUUUGGUGUUAGUGUAUUACCUAUAAAAUAGCCUGGACAAUUAACUUUUCAGAUGAUACAAGCCUUAGACGUCGCGCUCUAAACAAUAAUCUUCCUGCCGCGUCGCAAAACUCGAAACGCCCAAAAAAUGGGCUGAAAACUAGUAAUACGCUUAGUUUCAACAAGAAGUUUGGUAGAAAAGACGAGAAAAAUGAGGAGAUGCCUGAAUGGAUGGACGGGGGACCAACCGAUCACAACGAGAUAAUUACUCUUGGCGGAUUUGAGGAGGACCAGAAGGCUUCUGGAGACCAUAAAGACAAGCCAUUCAGUAAGAUUUUGAAUUGAUUUAAAUACUUAUUUUCUAGAUGAAAGUUAUUACCCGUAUUUCUUUCAGACUUGCGAGAUUUGAUGAAAAAACCAAACGAAGAAGUGAGCCAAGCUCAGUCUUCUGUUCUCCCAGAUUCCGAUUUAGAAUUUGCAGCUCAGUUUGGUCUUCUUGAUGUUGGUUCGAUAAGCAAACCUGUAAGACUGUUAUUCUUAUUAUUAUUGGUUUUCAGGCUCUUUCAAUGUCGAACGAAGCACCGAAACAAAGCAGGUUAAGUCAAUUCUUCUCAGAGAAACCAAAGGAGUCCCCGACUUCAACACUUCCUCCAGCCGUAGCCAUGUUAUUAAAGGGGGCCAGAGGCAAUCAACCAGUGGAGAGACACGCCCAAGCUAUGGAUGAACGAACUUUGUUGGAUCACUUUGCUCGUAAGUAUUUGUUUUUUUUUUUGAUUGGAUUUUAGGAAUCAGAGAAUAUUCACUGCAAUUUUAGGGUCAGAACGAGCUCCAGAACCUCUGAAGGAACCCGAAGAAGACUCGUGGGAUGCAGAUGUGGAGGAAUUGAAGAAAGUACUGAGCGAUUAUACCCCUGGAGAGACGAUAACAAAUUUCGACCUGAAGAAGGAGACGCCUAAGCCGGUUCAGUCAACUCAGAGUCCCCCAGUGCAGUCAAUCCCGCCGCAGACACUUUCCAUGCAAGGGCAACCGGUCCAGCCUCCUCCUGCCCCAGGCGCCCCGUUCUUGCCCAUGCCUCCUAAUAUGCCCAGGAUGCCUCAAAUGGGUCUUCCGAUGGUGCCUGGUCCUAACGGAUUCCCCAUGAUCCACCCUGCUUUUAUUGCUCAAGUAGAACAUUGGGCGGCUGCGGGUCAGCUCGAUCUCUCCAAUCCACGAGUAGAGAGUAUGUUGAAUCAUAUCAAGUAUCAAAAACAACUGAUGGGUGUCCCAAACAUGCCGUUUAUGCCUCCGAUGCCACCUCCGAGCUCUUCUGGAGAGCGGUCUUACGGCCCUCCAUCAAGUAUGCCGUCGAGCAGAUCUUCCCCUGCCCCGACCAGAAUGAAACCAGCUUUUGAUCUGGUACCAACAGCAGUUAUGCUUCAGCAAACAAAGCAGCAACACAAAGAGGAUCGGGAAAGUAAGUGAAGGUAUUUUUUGGACUUGUUUUAUUUAUUUGGUCUGGUUUAUUUUAUCGAAUUUUGUGUUUUAGCACCCGGAACAUUGACGGAUAAGUCGAGAAGUGGUUCUAAUUCAUCCCUGGCAGGCCGUCGUCCCUCGAAUCCCCCCGAAAUGUCUCAACCAAUGGGAGGAAUGCCUUCAGCCCCUCAAAUGAACCCUUCUUUUAUGGGACCCCCUCCUUCGAUGGGUCCUUUUGGUCCAGGUGGAUAUGCGCAAAUGGGUAUGCACGUCUUUCCAAUUCCGCAUCCCAUCGGUGAGACUCGAUAUUCAAAGACUUGAUAUUGUAACAGUGCUUGUGAUAUCAUUGGACGUUGUUUAUCGUGGUCGAACUAAUUGGAUGGUCCUUUUUUCUGUUUUAUGAAUUAAUUUUUUUUCUGUUUAGCUUUACAAAUGGAUGCAAAACGUCUCCAAGAAGCCCAACAGCGGGGUGAUGCGGCAGCCGUAGCAUAUCUCCAGAAUAGUAUCCAAACUCAACUACAAGCUUUAUCGUGUCUUCAGAAUGCGGCCGCCCAGAAUAUGGGGCAUGCACCACCGAUGGCUCCUCACCCGAUGGCCUCGCAAAUCCCCCGGCAAUCUGACUCUCCGUUUAAUGUAAGCCUCUAUGAUAAAAAAGAUUUUUUAUGUGGUUCCAAGUUUACUUUCCUUGUUUCAGCGCCCAUCCAAUGAAUCUCCGAUGGGUUCAGUGCAUUCCAAUCAGUCGGCCGAUCCCUUCCGUCAGCAGAAUCCGGGGCUCCCCACCGUUUUCCAGAAGCUUACCCAGUUCCACGAUCAACAAAGAAGUGGUCCUUCCAAUCUCUCAAUCUUGAACAAACUCCCACCUCAUGUCCGGCCAAUGACUGUCGAGGAAUUGGAGAAGCAGUUGGCCUCGUCUUAA